UAGACACCCCACACCGACGCACGCUCGGUCGCUCCCACAUUUUCGCUUGAUUGGAGCUGUUAUCCGACUAUUUAUGGAUAAAGUACAUUCUGUCACAAUGUCGUGGAUGACAGGGAAGCUGUACUACCUAGUGUGGAAGUGAAACGAAGUGAUGGGACCAAUCACCUUCAGGUGUUUUUUACCAAGGAGUAAUGAGGACUCUGCAUCGCGCAUCCUAAGAUGGCGAGACCGGUCGGCCCCGGACUAGCCAGGAUAAUGGCGCUCUCGUGAAACAGGCCGUGCGGCAAGAUGUGGAUAUUGUGGGUCUGGUGCCUGGCAGCCCUUCUGUGGGCUGUCACGGGCAACGUAGGUCCGGACUACCACACUCCUGACGACUGCCAGGUCACCUCUCUCCCGGGCACCGACCUCGUCGCCCUCCUGUGUCGACUGCGGACUAACAACAGUGAGCUAGACGCCACGAAUUUCAGCCUGGUGCCGACACGAAACACAGUGAAGUUUAGAAUCGAGUGCAGUGACGUGAUAUUCUUCCAAAGUGCUCUCCAAAAUAAAAGUUUCGUGAGAUUACGCGAGUUGCAGGAACUCGAUAUCGAAUAUUGCAAGAUUGGUGAGGUCCCGCGGGAGGCGUUCCUCGGCCUGACCAAUUUAAGGAAUCUGACACUUCGAACGUACAAUGCCGACUGGUCUGUCGUGACCCUUAAGAUCGCCAAUGACGCAUUUAAGGACCAGAAAAAGCUGGAGUACUUGGAUCUGGGGAGUAAUAACAUUUGGACGCUCCCGCCAUCGCUGCUGUGUGAUCUGGAAAAUCUAAGGCUUCUCAACCUGUCAAGGAAUAAGCUUCAGGACGUCACAGUUCUCAGUUUCAGUCAGGCAGAGCAUAUCUGUGCCCCGGGACUGCGCUCGUUAGAUAUUUCGUUUAACCACCUCGUAAGUGUUCCCGCAUUUGCAUUUGCAGCGCUCAAAGGCUUGCAGGUUUUAAAUGUGAGUCUCAACGGAAUUAGUAAACUGGAAGAUAAAGCACUUUUCGGUAUGUAUUCAUUAGAAGUGUUAGAUUUAUCGGGAAAUCUCCUCACUACAUUACCGCCGGAGUUGUUUCAGGAAAAUAAAAGACUGACAAAAUUGUACAUACGAAAUAAUUCUGUGAGUGUGCUCGCGCCUGGACUGUUCACAGGACUGAGUUUGUUAUUAGAAUUGGAGUUGUCAGAUAACCAGCUAACUAAUACGUGGGUGAAUUCCGAGACGUUCACGGAUCUGCUCAGACUCGCUAGUUUAGACAUGUCAAACAACAAAAUAACGCGAUUAGACGCGGCGACGUUUCGCGAUCUAACAAACUUGCAAGUUUUGAAAUUGCAACAAAAUAUGAUCGAGACGAUUUCUGACAACACUUUCAGUGGACUCUUCCGACUCCACACGCUCGUGCUGUCGGACAACCGCGUCAAAGUGAUCAGUGACAAGACUUUCGGCGGCCUUAUUGGGCUGCAGGUGUUAAAACUCGACGGAAACGAAGUGUUUAGCAUCGACAGCGAGGCCCUUGUCAACUCCACGGGGCUUCAGGAGCUCCAACUGAGCCACAACCACCUGCAGGAUGUUCCGAAAGUGGUGAAGAGCCUCGCCUCCCUCAGGAUCCUCGACCUGAGCGGCAACCAUGUAAGUGUCAUAAGCAACAAGUCCUUCCCGGACCUUCCUCACCUUAGUGUUCUAAGACUUGCUGCAAACGACAUAGAAAACGUCACGAAAAGUGUGUUUACAAACCUCCCGUCUCUGCAAGUGCUUGAUCUGUCAAGCAACAGGAUUUUCACUGUAGAGAACGGAGCUUUUGAUAACAACAGACAUAUUGAAGCUAUCAGAUUAGAUGACAAUAUUUUGACAAAUGUUAAAGGACUUUUUUCAAACCUGCCAAACCUUCAGUGGCUUAAUUUGUCUAAAAAUCAUCUUGAAAUGUUUGAUUAUGCAUUUAUACCAAGAGGUUUACAAUAUUUAGAUCUACGGUCAAAUAACAUUAAUGAACUUGGUAAUCAUUAUGAAAUUGAAGGUGAGCCGCAUUUAAAAAUCAUUGACGCUAGUUUUAACAGGUUAUCCGACAUCAGUGCAAGUUCAUUUCCCGAUAGUGUUGAAAUAAUUUUCCUGAACAACAAUCUUAUAGAAAGCGUGCAGCCUUUCGCUUUCUUCAGUAAUAAUAAUCUUACAAAAGUGGAUCUAUAUGCAAAUAAGAUCAGAAAUCUCGAUCAGACAGCGCUCAGGCUUUCCCAAAUGGAUCCCUCUCGUGACCUGCCCGAGUUCUACCUGGGCGGGAACCCUUUCGAGUGCGACUGCACGAUGGAGUGGCUGCAGACGAUCAACAGCUAUGACCAGCCACACCAGCGCCUGACGGUGAUCGACCUCGACUCCAUCGAGUGUCGCCUGAUGAACAACAAGGGCAAAAUCCCUCUGCUGGAUGCCAAGAAGCUGCAGUUCCUUUGUGAGUACGACUCACACUGUUUCACCCGCUGUAAAUGCUGCGACUUCGACGCCUGCGACUGCGAGAUGACGUGCCCUACCAACUGCACCUGCUUCCACGACAACUCCUGGGCGGCCAACAUCGUCGAUUGCUCCCGCGCGGGCUACGGAUCCGUGCCGGAGAGGAUUCCGAUGGACUCCUCCGAAGUGUACCUGGACGGCAACGCUCUCGCAUCCCUCUCCAGCCAUACUUUCAUCGGGCGAAAGAACAUGAGAGUUCUUUAUCUGAAUGACAGCGGCGUCGAAGUCAUACACAACAGGACCUUCAACGGACUGAAGUUAUUAGAAACACUCUUCCUUCAUAGGAAUUCAAUCAAGGAACUUAAGGGUUAUGAGUUUGAACAUCUUACCCUUUUACGUGAAUUGUAUUUACAUGAUAAUGAAUUGUUUUUCAUACAAAAUACAACAUUCCUGACUCUCGCCUCGCUUAGGGUACUGAGGCUAGACAAUAACCGCCUGAAAACAUUUCCUGUGAACAUGUUCACUAAAAACCAUAAUCUCCAUUCCCUUCACCUCAGCGAGAACCCUUGGACCUGCGAUUGUGAGAACCUGAGGGACAUUCAGGCAUGGCUCCAGGGCGUUGGCAGGAAACUCAGGGACGCGGAUAAAAUCUACUGCGCUCUCAACGGGUCGAGCGAAGUCGUGGCUCAGGUCUCGACCUACAAUCACUCCUCAUGUACCAACGAGACCGAGACUACCACGAUUCGGCACGAAGCUUACUUGGACUACGUGUUCCUGCCCACCAUCACGCUCGGGGCCUUCGCCGUGCUCCUCACCAUCACCCUCAUCGUCUUCUGCAAUCGCAACCGCAUGAGGGUGUGGGUGUACGCCAAGUACGGCGUCAGACUCUUCUACCGGAGCGAGUACGAGGGCGACACCGACAAGGCUUUUGACGCGUUUGUGAGUUACAGCUCGAAGGACGAGGUGUUCGUGACGCAGAUUCUCGCCCCCGAGCUGGAGCGCGGGAGCCCCGCGUACAAACUAUGUCUGCAUUAUAGAGACUUCCCUGUCGGUGCCUAUAUAACGGACACCAUCCUCAGCGCAGUGGAAACGAGCAAGCGCACGAUACUAAUUUUAUCCGAAAAUUUUAUAAAAUCAGAGUGGUGUCGCUUCGAGUUCCGAUCGGCUCACCACGAGGUCCUCAAAGACAGACGUCGCCGCUUAAUCGUCAUAUUAUUAGGGGACGUUCCGCAGCGGGAUCUGGACCCUGACAUCCGCCUCUACCUAAAAACAAACACGUAUUUGAAGUGGGGCGACACGCAUUUCUGGGAGAAGCUCAAGUUCGCCAUGCCGGACGCGCAGCCGCCCACCAGGAACCACCAGCUGCAUGCCAUUGCCGCCCAGCAGCAGCCGGGUCCUCGCCCUGUUCCUCUGCACACCUGAAGUGGCCCUAACUGACGCCGGAGCAUCUUCAAAACACAACACAUGCAAAUAGAUGCCAGCCUAUUGCAGUGUGUGCCGCUCGUCUGCUGAACCAGAUUGCGCGGUGCGGGUUGUUAGGAGAAUGUCCCGAGUCAACGAUCGGAAGGGAAAAUGACCACAUACCUAUUUAUCCUAAGGCAUUAAACAAUUCAGAUAAAACGUUAGCCUUGGAUUCGUCUUCCCUUACAACGGAAAUUAUUUGAAAAUCGUUUCGAAGAGGGGAAGAAUCCCUUCCUUUCUAGUUGACGCCUGAAAAUGGAUCAUUGCUUCCGCCAUGCAGCUGCGACGGUCAUGAGACGUCCAGGUAGCGACCGACGGCCGUGUUCCCGUGGGUCGCAGGUACAAGAGAGGCCGGGCCGCGGCGUCUGUGUUUGUGUAUGAGCGGCUUCUCUCUUGUCUGGCGCUGUCUGUGCUCGUGGCUGGCGCUCUCAUCCCGCCACUGUGUUCAUCUUAUUAGUGUUAUGUGGUGAUUUUCAUUGUUAUAUCGUGCUUGUUGAUCUUGAAAUAAUUAUUUGUUGAUUGUAUAUUUGUUGAAUAUGUUAAGAGAUGAAAACAGUAAGUAGAUCACGUGAAAUUACGAACAAUAUUUCGCUGGAACAACACAAACAUGAUCAAGUGAGAUUAUCCGUUGUGAUAGUGACGAAAAAUCCUCGCAAUAACGACAAGAAAGUGGCAUUAAAAAGUGUGAUUCGUGGUGAAGGUGCCCCGUGAGUUUUCGAGUGACAGUGAAGACGAAAAUGAAGACGAAUAGUGAAAGGAUAAUGAAGAAGAGGCAGACGUCGGCGCGUCGGCCGGGAGCUGCGCCGAGCCUCGCUUCCGAGCCAAGACGGAGCCGCCCUUCCCACACGGAGCCACACCGGAGGCAUUUGCUUUUGUACAUUACGUGGGCUUAUAUUUUCCCAUUUUCUAUUUGUAAAUACUACAUAUGCAUUUCAUACUCUUUUUUAAACUGCCCUGGGUUAUGAGCUUAGGAAUUCGUUUCUGUUAUUGCUUUGUCUAGUCAAUCAAAAUGUUAUUUUAUUGAAGCGGUAUGUGAUAAAUGAAACAUAUUAUGUCUGAUGCCAAAUUGAUUUAGAGAUAGUUGAACUAUCUGGAGAAUACAGUAAGCCACACAUGGUUUCCCAUCGUGUUUAACACUUCAAAAUUAUUUCGUUGGAAAAUAUAUAUAUCACAUUUGUAAUUAUUUUUCUUUGGCAUGUUUACUUAUUAUGUUAUUUGUGUUAUUACGUUAAUUGGCUUCCGUUUUAAACCCCCCUAAAAGGUUAAUGCUGAGAUAUGUUAAUAAUCUGUGAUGAUCGACUGUAGAUAUAUUUAUGAGUGUGUAUGUAUUUAUCUCAAGGUCGGCCUUAAAGCAAGGUAUGUUUGUUCAGUCAGACUGUAAGGCCUUCGGCUGUGUUUUUAGUGCUUUAUUUGUUGAUGUUUGAUGCCUCACUCUGUAUACUACUAUUUUCUCGAUGUGUUAGGAAAGAUUGUGUUUAUAUUGUGUUUAUAUCAUCGCCAUGGUGUCACCUCUCCUCAGUUCUCCGUCCUUAGGUGCAAACAAUGUAUUUCAUCGGAAUGUGUAUGGCAUGUGUAUAUAUAUGCAUACA